AUGUCUGGACCUUCCACCCUCGCCACGGGACUGCACCCUCUCCCCACAGAGACCCCAAAGUUCCCCACCAACAUCAUGGACCGAUUCUCCCUCAAGGGUAAGGUUGCCUCCGUCACCGGCUCCUCGUCAGGUAUCGGCUACUGCGUGGCCGAGGCCUACGCCCAGGCCGGUGCCGACGUGGCCAUCUGGUACAACUCCCACCCCGCCGACGCAAAGGCUGAGCACCUCGCUAAGACCUACGGCGUCAAGGCCAAGGCCUACAAGUGCCCUGUCACCGACGCCGCCGCCGUGGAGUCCACCAUCCAGCAGAUCGAGAAGGACUUUGGCACCAUUGACAUCUUCGUCGCCAACGCUGGUGUCCCCUGGACCGCCGGCCCCAUGAUCGACGUGCCCGACAACAAGGAGUGGGACAAGGUCAUCAACCUGGAUCUCAACGGUGCCUACUACUGCGCCAAGUACGCCGGCCAGAUCUUCAAGAAGAAGGGCAAGGGAUCCUUCAUCUUCACCGCCUCCAUGUCCGGCCACAUUGUCAACAUCCCCCAGAUGCAGGCCUGCUACAACGCCGCCAAGGCCGCUCUGCUGCACCUGUCUCGAUCGCUGGCCGUCGAGUGGGCCGGCUUUGCCCGAUGCAACACAGUCUCCCCUGGCUACAUGGCCACCGAGAUCUCCGACUUUGUCCCCAAGGAGACCAAGGAGAAGUGGUGGCAGCUCAUUCCCAUGGGCCGAGAGGGAGACCCCUCCGAGCUCUACCUACCUCUACCUUGCCUCUGA